AAGCAAAAUUGGUUUUUAUAAUUCAAAUUUAAUCAAGUAGUAUCAAAAUGGGGGGGGAAACAAGGCUAGCUAAAAUGAAUACAGGAAUUAAAACAGGGGAAGCAACCAAUCUUUAAAACUUAAUAAUAGCAAACACGUAUAGCUCUAGGCUAUGUGCCAGACACUGUUCUGAGUGCUUUGCCUGUAUCACCCCAAGAAUGGCAGGUAACCCCUUGAGGUGGGUACAGUUAUUAUCCCUCUCUAGCAGUGGAGGCAGCUGAAACAGAAGUAACUUGCCCAAAGUUCCUUACUGCUAAAAAAGCAGUCUGGCUCCAGAGCGCCUUUGCUCUUAAUUACUGUUGGUAAUUACUGUUGGUUGCUGAACACUUAUAGAUGUAAACCGUUAGGUUGUGCGGUUUUCAGGAAGAGGAAGCAAGGGGUAAAUAAUGUUCUGAAAGGUUGAAGAGUAAAUACUGCGUGUGCAAAAUGAGAAUUGGGUUGAGCUAGGCUGUAACCAGGGAUGAAUAAGGCGAGCGAAAGUGGAGGGUACGUCAUAGCAUAAUGUAUACUGUCUAAAGGACUUCUUUCACGCAUAUUAGCAAAAUUUGAAUCUUGACUGAACAGAGUUUUCUCUUGGCUUAUGGUUUGUGAUCAUUUAGAUUUCAAAGAAGUGGAGUGGAUUGACAAAACAGCACUGAAAAGAUUUUAGAAGUGUUUAACUCUUGGAGUAAGUUAAGUGAAUGCGUGCUGGGUGAUUAGGGCCCAGACCAGAGAUUCGGCUAGGAAGUUAGGAAUGAAGAAACUGACUUUAAGAAAUUGUUUACUCCUUACCCAAAUAAUUGAGAGAGAUUCAAUUAGACAUUGAAGCAAAGGAAAGGUUCUCUAUUUGGGUUAACAACUUCCAUCAUUGAUAAGAAGGAACUCAUUGGCAAGAGAGCAGGAGACGCUGUAUGUACAGGUAGAGGUGAGUGUCUUAUGAGAAGGAAGGGAGCAGCUGCCUGAGGUUACUGUACUCAUUGUAGCUGUUCAUCCAGAGCUAAGUGUAGAGCAAGAAUGACAGUGUUGAGGAUUUAAUAUCAACUCACUUGUUUGCCAGUGUACUUGAAGCCCCCUGACUGGGCUCAGCUAUUGGGGGCUGGAGAUUGAUCCUGAUGGGAAGUAGACAGUGAAGAAUGUAGGUGGAAGGUCUGUCAGGGUGAUAGAAUUGUUGUAGAGAGGGUGCUGAUUUGUGAUUUUAGCUCUUUUGGACUCUAGGACAGGAGUUGGUGAACUUUUUCUGUAAAGUGAUAGGUAAAUACUUAUUUGUGGCCAGUCUGUCUACUCAGCUUGGCCAUUGUAGUUCAGAACUAAAUGAGUGUGGCUUUGUUCCAGUAAAACUAUUUACAAGAACAGAAGUCUAACCUAAGGACUAAAUUUUGUGAUACCUGCGCCAGGCCCUCAGUUUUCAUGCAAAGGGGACUGGAUUCAGAAACCAAGAAACAACUAGAAGAGGAAGAAAAGAAAAUCAUUAGUGAAGAGCACUGGUAUUUGGAUUUGCCAGAACUUAAAGAGAAAGAGAGUUUCAUAAUAGAAGAGCAGAGUUUCUUGUUAUGUGAAGAUCUUCUGUAUGGAAGAAUGUCAUUCAGAGGAUUUAAUCCUGAGGUUGAGAAAUUAAUGCUUCAGAUGAAUGCUAAGAAUAAAACAGAAGAAGUUGAAGAUGAAACAGUGGAGCUUGAUGUGUCAGAUGAAGAAAUGGCUAGAAGAUAUGAGACCUUGGUGGGGACAAUUGGAAAAAAGUUUGCCAAAAAAAGAGACCGUGCCAAUUAUGAAGAAGAUGAAAAUGGAGACAUCAAGCCAGUUAAAGUAAAGAAGACAUUCUUAAAGCCCCAAGAUUAAAGGGGAAGCCUUACGAUAUUGCUCAGGGGUGCCUUGUGAGAGUUAACACAUUUUGGAACUCAUUCCAGUGGUUUCUCUGUAGUUAAUAUGGUAAUUUUAUUUGUAAAGAAAUGCAUAAUUUUGGGAACGUGCUGUUUUCGAAACAGAAGUGUGAUGGAUGUUGUGCAUCCUUUGUGUGAUGGUACUCAUCAGGAGUGGGGUUUUAGCCCUGGAUCUCCAAAUGUGCAAAGGUAAUGUUUGCUUCCUAAAAGUUUUUUGACCCUAGAUUUUAUUUUAAUGUAUCUCUCUAGUCACUGACCUUAGAUUGACUCAUGAAGUAAUACUAGUGUUUAAGUUGUCCUUAUGUUUACAUUUUUACUUUAAGUUAUUAAUAAUGUCAAGUCAUUUUGUACAUUUUGGAAUCAAAUGUCAUGAGAAUUUAUUAUAUGUAAAUUCAUCAAUAACAAACAUGCCUCUCCGACCUACAGUGUUUGCAUGCUACCAAGUCAGUGUGUGGAAUUAUGGGUUUUUUUGUUUAAAGCUUUUAAUUAAUUAAAAAAUAAUGUUCUAUAAUAAACAUGUUUUCAUA